AUGAAGUUGCUUUCGACGUUGGCUCUCGCCGCCAGUGCGUUGGCCCUCAACCCGAUUGAGGUUGUUGGCAACAAGUUCUACGACUCCAAGACCGGCGAACGCUUCUUGAUGAAGGGGGUGGCCUACCAGCAAAACACCGCCAACGUCACCGACGGCGCGUCGUUUGUCGACCCCUUGGCCGACGGCGACGCCUGCAAGCGUGACGUCGAGUACUUCAAGAAGCUCCAGACCAACACCCUUCGUGUCUACGCCGUCUCCGGCAACCAGUCCCACGACGACUGCAUGAAGACGUUCUCCGACGCCGGCAUCUACAUCAUCGCCGACUUGUCCGAGCCCGACUUGUCGAUCAACCGUGCCAACCCCGAGUGGAACGUCAAGUUGUUCGACCGCUACAAGGCCGUCAUCGACGACUUGGGCAAGUACGACAACGUCCUCGGUUUCUUCGCCGGUAACGAAGUGUCCAACGCCAAGAACAACACCAAAGCCUCGGCUUUCGUCAAGGCCGCCGUCAGAGACUCGAAGAAGUACAUCAAGGACAACCAAGACAAGUUUGGCCGUUACAUCCCCGUCGGUUACUCCGCCAACGACGACGAAGACAUCAGAGUGCCCAUCGCCGACUACUUUGCCUGCGGUGACUUGGACGAAAGAGCCGACUUUUUCGGUAUCAACAUGUACGAAUGGUGUGGUUCUACCGUCAACUUUGAAACCUCGGGUUACAAGGACAGAACUGAAGAAUACGCCAACUUGACCAUCCCCGUGUUCUUCUCCGAAUACGGGUGCAACGAAGGCAAGGGCCCCAGACCUUUCACUGAAGUCGGCACCAUCUACUCGGACAAGAUGACCGACGUGUGGUCCGGUGGUAUCGUCUACAUGUACUUUGAAGAAGAAAACAACUACGGGUUGGUGUCGGUGUCCAACGGCAAGGUGUCGACCUUGGACGACUUCAACAACUUGCUGUCGCAAAUGGCCAAGCUCUCGUCGCAAUCGUACGCCCCCGUCGCCUCNGCCUCCGCGUCGUCGGAAGCCUCCAACACUUUGGCCUGCCCUACUAUUGGCGCCAACUGGAAGGCGUCGCUGAAGUUGCCCCCCACCCCUGACUCCGAGACCUGUGACUGUGUCGUCAAGUCGUUGGAAUGUGUCGUUGACGACUCUGUCGACGAAAAGAACUACGGCGACUUGUUCGACCAAGUCUGCGGUGCCGACAUCAAAGCCUGUGGCGCCAUCAACACCAACGCCCAGACCGGUAACUACGGUGGUGUCUCGUUCUGCUCCGACAAGGACAAGUUGUCGUACGUGUUGAACGCCUACUACCAAAACCAAAAGAAGACGAAGGACGCCUGUGACUGGAACGGCUCCGCCAAGAUCGUCACCCCUUCGUCGGACAACUCGUGCAAGGACAAGGUCUCGGCUGCUGCUCAACAGACCGCCAACGCCUCGGACACGGCCUCGGACUCGUCGGACUCGUCGUCGGGCUCGCUGAAGUCGGGCUCCGCCUCGGGCUCUGCCUCGGGCUCGUCGUCGUCGGGCGCCAAGUCGUCGUCGUCGUCGACCAAGGGCUCCGACGCUGGUGCCGUCAAGGCCAUGGGCAAGGGCGAACUCGCCGGGUUGAUGGGUUUGGUCACUGCCUUCAUCGGUGGUGUCUCGUUCGUCAUCUUCUAA